CUGGAAUGAAGUACAAAGCAAACGAGGUGCUGCUCAAAUAAGUUCCUGUCUACGACUCUGAAAAUGGGGUCCAAUUGGUUGCUCUUUUCAGAUGGUUGCAGCGGUCAAAAUAAAAAUUCAAUUACAGCAACCAUGCUUCUGUGUACGGUGGCAAACUCUAAAAACAUAGAGGAGAUAUCGCUUAGAUUUUUUGAGUCAUUCCAUGGGCAGAAUGAGGAAGAUUCUGCACAUAGUGCAAUUUCAACUGCACUAACAACCGCAGGUGAUAUUUUUGUACCAUCACAGCUUCACCCCAUUAUACGUCUUGCCCGAAGAAAACAACCAUACAAAGUAAUACCUCUAGAGUAUCAUGACUUUAUAGAUUUCAAGAAACUAUCCAGAGAUCAACGAAUAUUGUCAGUAAGAACAUCGGAUUAUGGAAAUUCCAUAAAAUGGACAGAUAUUAUGGAAUUAAAGUUUUAUGGUAAAUUAAGUCUAAGAGAUGCAGAGGCGGCUCUAGCUUAUUUGCCCGAGUCUAAUAUAGAAGAAGAAUAUGAAACAAAUGAAUUUCAAACUAAUGGUAAUGAGUCAGUAAAUGAGGAAAAAGAAAGUGAAACUGAUAUUGUAGAAUCUGAACAUGAAAUUAAUGAUGUAGAUUCUGAACAUGAAAUUGAGAGUGAAAAAAAUAAAACAAUAUCAAUUCACAAACUACCGACUACGUCGAUUGCGGGAAAAAAGAAACCAAAGGCAACGAUAGACAUAAUUUCUACUCAAUUAGAAACAAAACCGAAACGAUUUCCAAACCAAUUAGAACAGUGUUUUAAUUUAAUGAUAAUCCUGUAG